AUGUAUCAACAACGUUGUUAUGACAACUUUUCAGACCAAUGGCAUCGUGAUUUAAAGCGAGUCGUUGGAGGAGUCGACCUGUUUGAAGAACUCGGCGGUGGAGUUAGUACACCAGUAUUCGGCCAGAAUGGAGUCUACUCAACGGAACUAUUCGCUGAUGCCGCAAUGGAAGUUAUCGACGUGCACAACACUUCAAAACCGUUCUUCCUGUUUCUUUCCUUUCAGGCUGUUCACCCUCCUCUACAGGUACCAAAGCGGUUCGAAAAGUAUUGCUCGAGAAUCAGCUCAAAGGCUCGCCGAAUAUACUGCGGAAUGCUUACUUCGAUGGAUUUUGCGAUUGGACGCGUAAUCGAUUUCUUGAGAGCCACGAACAAGUACGAUGACACAGUAAUCAUCUUUACAAGCGAUGUAGGUAGUAUAAAUAGUAUAAACAGCUUUUAUUAA